CCCAUCUGAAAUUUGAGAUCUUUUGCUUUGAGAUUCAAAUCCGGUGGAGUCCUUGAAACGAUCUAGUUUACAGCUAGAAACGGCAGGAAAAACUUCAAGUUAACAACCAACAACACAACUCUGAAGAAGUCUGAGUUUGUAAAAGAUAGAGGAAACUUCUACCUGGAGCCACUAGGACUACACUCCGUCAGCUGCUGGUCAUGGGGGACAUCAAUAAAGGGAAGAAGUCAUUUGUCCAGAAAUGUGCCCAGUGUCACACAGUGACAGAGGGGGGGCGCCACAAGGUGGGACCCAACCUGUGGGGUCUGUUUGGGAGGAAGACAGGACAGGCGCCUGGCUACUCUUAUACACAGGCCAAUAUUGAUAAAGGUAUCAUAUGGGAUGAGGAAACUCUGAAUAUCUACCUUAAAAACCCUAAGAAGUACAUUCCUGGUACCAAGAUGAUCUUCAGUGGGAUCAGGAAGCAAAAGGAAAGACUGGAUAUUAUAGCCUAUUUAAAGGACGCCACCUCCUAAUAUACUGACUAACACAGAACACUCUCAUACAGCUGCGGACACAAGCAUCACAUUACUUUACAUUUACAAAGAAGAAAACAAGAGUGUGCUCUAUUUACAAUAGUUAUUUAAAAUUUGCAUCUCUGCAUCUUCCAACAUUCCUGCCACACUGUUUUCUUUUAUGUGUAGGAGACUGUUUUUAAUUAUCAUGAGUCAGCCCUUGUCCAACUUCAAGACUCUUCUCAGUCAAGGCUUCUUAAAGAGGAAGCCGUCUUAUGGGAUAUUCUAAAAACAGAGUUGUAUGUUUAAAACCGUUACUACUGCUUGCAAAAAAAUACACAUUUUUGCAACUAUUUGCACUGUUGAUCAAUGUUUCUUUAAGUUUCGUUUAUGUUUACUACUUAAGUCUCUUUCUGUUUAUAUGUAGUUUUCUUUUAGAGUAUCGAAUGGGGAGACUUUGACAAAGUGUUUUGUGUUAAAUGGUGCUGGACUACCUACUUUAUUUUCUCCUCUUUUCACAGCCACUGGUUGUAAUACAUUUUAUUGUCAUAAUGUCACUUUAAAAUGAGUAUGUUUUGUAUUCGCACAUUUUCUAAUUCAUGUUUUUCUUUUUACUUAAUGGUAAGAUUUACAGUAAAACAGAUCAUUUUGGUUAAAGUAAUAUUUACAGUUCUUAAACUUGGCCCAAUCACAACUGCAUUUAUAUUUUAUUCUUUUUUACUGAGCUAAUGUUUUGUACUCUGUUAUUUCUUUUCUAAACAAUACCUUGACCAUGAGUAAACGGAUGUGGCAAUAAAAAACCUGGUCCUUUC